AUGAAACAAAUACCAACCUCCACGUGUUUGCAACCCAUGCAUGAACGCUACCUCAAAGCUGAAUUUGUUAUAAGUUUGUUUUUACCCUUUCCUGUUUUCUUUCUGUCACCCACACGAAAACAACAAUCACUCUCUACAAUGGCCGAAACGCUUUCUACCGGCGAGUCUCGAUAUUGGCCCAUCUACGGUAGCAACACCGCCGAAAGAAACAGCCCUUACCCCUCGCUUCUCCGCCUUCUCCGAUCUCAUUCACCAACCUCCUCACAUCUCUUUGGUUUCCUCGCUCUCCUCAUAUCCGGAUGCCUCCUCACCUUCCUCCUAGGUGUAUCCCUGACCGCCACCGCGUUAGGCUUCAUUGCGUUUCUUCCCUUGAUCAUCAUCUCGGGUCCGAUCUGGCUUCCGGGUUUUGUCCUUGUUGGCAGGUGCUUAACAGUCGUGAGAUUUCUUGUUGGAACGGUGGCUAUUGUAUCGUGGACGUACCGUUAUUUUCGGGAAAUGCACCCGGCUGGAUCGGAUCAAAUGGACUAUGCACGUGGUCGGAUCUAUGACACAGCCUCACAUGUCAAAGAUUACGCUAGAAAGUACGGUGGAUACUUCCACGGUAGGGCUAAAGAUGCAGCCCCUGAUGCUUAACCUAAACCAGUAUGUAUUGUCUGGUUGAGGGUAAGAUCAGAGUCCGUUCUGAGAUUUCUAAGACCCUAUUCAAAACAAAAUUAUUUACAAAUUAUCUUUAAGUUUUUCAAAAAUUGUACGAACUUUUAUUUUUAAAACUAAUUUUAUGAUAUAAUUUUUUUAUACUUAUAUUAUAAUAAAAUGAGAUUCACCUAAUUUUUUAUUUUUCUGUAAACAAUUUUAUUUAUUUUAUCAACUGUUUUUAUUCUAUACACUAUAUUCUUACCUUAUCAUAUCAAUAUAUAAAUAAUGUUUUUCAAAAUGGAAGUCCAUAGAGUGAUGAGACUUAUUAAAAUGUUUCAUUUCCCUGUGUACAAUCCCGACUUUGGGUAAGAAAACUGGCCGGUUCGGUUUAUGUAGGAUGAAAAAGAUUCAUGCACGGUACUAAUAUUACAUUUUGUUAUUUUAUUUUCGUUUAAGAAAAUAAUAUAUCUGGUUAUGUACAAGCUCUAUGAGAUUUUGGGUGUGCGUGGUCGUCACUUGAAAUGAAAUCCACAUUUUUGCGAAUAUUUUACCCUUUUUAGUUAUGUAAUAUUUCAGUUAUGUAAUAUUUUCUGAAGAAUGACGAGAGUAUACAAUAUAAACCACAUGAUAACUAUCAUUGGUAUAGUUUAGUAGAUCGCGUUUUCUAAGCAGUGUAUGACAGAUUAAUAGGAGUAUCUCUCUCAUCUUCCAUCGAUCCUUGCUGUGUCCUUUUCUAAUAAAGAAAGUUAUUUGUAUGAUUAUAAAAUGUAGUCGUGUUUCAAAAAAAUAAGUGUUUCAAAAACAUUAUAAAAUUCAGUCUCGUCAAAGUUUUAGAAAAAAAACUUCUAUUUAACUAGAACAUUAUAUUCCUAAGAAUGAUUUACAACCCUAACUAUACGUCUCCUGAACAUGACAAUUGUCCAUCUUUGAAUUGUUUUGUAUUUAUAAUUGAGGUUGAAUUGAAAGUUGAAACUCUGACCAACAAAAAAUUAUAGCUAGAUUGUGGUUAAAAAAAAUUAUAGCUAGAUUGAUUCUAAAGAAAAAGAAAAAGAAAAGAAAAGAAAUACAGUGGGAAGCAAAUAUGCUAUGAUUGAAUUAAAUUGUAUAACAUCCCCAGAUUAAACAAUACUAGAUCUUUUGUCCGCGCUACGCGCGGAUUGUGUCUUAUUAAUUAUUCUACAUAUAUGUAAAUUGUUUAGCAAAGUUUGUAAGAAAGAUGUUGAAUAUUAGAUUUUGUAGAAAAUUAUAAUACUUAACAAAUCAUUGAAGAUGUUGGUGUUGCAUACAAUACUUAAUUCUUUUACCAAAAAUAAUUUAAGAGGAAUUGUGUUGUCAACCUCAUAAAUUUUGAUAUCUACAACAAAAUAAUAAAAUCAUUAUAUUUUUUAAAAUAAUUAUUUCUCAAUUAGUUGGUGAAACAUUGGAUAAUCGUUUUUUAUAAAUUCAAUUCCUUUGUCUUUAGGUUACAAUCUUCGUAAAAUACGGUAAAUUUGGAAAACUCUAACACUUAUAUAAGAUAUAUUAUAUAAUAGUUCAUAUUUUAUUAUAUAAAAUAUGGGUUUUUAAAGUUGCUAAUUAACAUGAUUGUGGCACAUGACAAUUAUAUAUUUAAGAUUGUGAUAUGUGUAAAACAAUAUCCAAUAGUUAAAAAUAUGUACUAAGAUAAUAACAAAAACAAUUUUUUGAGAAGGUAUUAUAAAUAUUAUUUAACUGUAAUUUUAAAUUUUCAAAACACUAAAAAAUAUAAUUGCAAAAUAUUAAAUGAUAAUAAUUUCCUUUUAAUAUUGUGACAUGUGUU